CUUGAUUCGGAAUUCAUUCAAAAAUGUGAAAGCAUUUAGAAUUGUUUAAAAAAAACUACUUAAAGAAAUUCUACAAAAAUCUUGUUGAAAACUACAGAACAGUAUAAUGCACAAUUUCUUAACAGAUGAGAGGACCAACAUGCAAGAAAACUUAAAGACACUUUCUGCAGUUUGAAGAUUGACCAGGUAGCGUGCUGAAGUCACUUCAUCUUCUUGAAUGUCAGAAAGCCCAGUUCAAUUCGAAGGGACAGCCGAAAGGAAGAAGUGGAAUAUGGAUUACUUGGGAAUCGCUUAUGCAGUCAUCGUCGUAUCUGGUGGUGCCUUCGGGUAUGCCAAGUCAAAAAGUGUUCCGUCAUUGGCAGCCGGAUUACUUUUUGGGACGGCUAUUGCAUACGGAGCGUACCAGGUGUCUAGAAACCAUUACCACACACCUUCUCUAAUCGCUUCGUCAUCACUCGGAGCACUUAUGGGAUAUAAGUUUGCUUCAUCUGGAAAAAUCAUGCCUGCAGGACUCUUGACGGGCAUUAGUGUCGCCAUGACUGUCAGAUAUGGUAUCAUGGCCAUGAUGAAUAAGCCUAUGAAAAAUUGAGUUAUACGAUGGGAAUAUAUGUUAUUUUAUGUUUUUAGUUUAAUAUAUUAAAAAAUCAUCACUAUCUCUAUUUUUUAUGUACCAUGUAUCAUUUAGCAUUAAAUAUGCAAUAUAUAUUGCAUUUCAGGAAUGUA